GUCCUUUAUCCCAACAUUCCUUAAAUUCAAAUUUUAUUUUUGUCCAAGUUCAAGAACAAAACAUGUCCUUUAACGAUUUGGAAAGAGGCAUUGGAUCUGGCUCCAGCAGUCGAAAUGGAAGAUUUUAUGGUGGAGUUUCGAUCUCAACUUCAGGUGACGAAGAUACGCGGUAUAAGACCCUAAGCAAAAGUAUAUCCCAACAGGUUUUUAAUAUUACGAGUAAUGUGGCCAAUAUACAUAGGCUUGUUUCGUAUCUAGGAACAACAAAGGAUACACCAGAAGUAAGAACGAAAUUACAUACAUUAACUGAAAAAACGCGUGAAUUAGUAAAAGAUACAAGUAAUGAAAUUAAACAAUUAUCUCAUUUUCAAGGUACAAGUGGACAAAAU